GCAAAACAGCCUUCGACUACAACCAGACGACCAGUCGUCACGACAAAGCGAUCUUUUCCACGUUGGAGGCAACAAAAUCCUGCAACGAAACGGCCAUUACGAUCUUCAACGACAUCAGCCCCAACAACUAAACGAUAUGUGGAAUGGUGGAAGCCACGAACAGCAGCAACAACAAAACGGCCUUUAGUCACAGCGAAACCAACAGUUUCUACGACAAAACGACCUUUACCUCGCUGGAAACAACGAACUACCACAAGCAGACCAACAUCACCUACAACACCAGCCCCACCAAUAAGGCGAUUUGUUCCCAGAUGGAAGCAGCAAGCUUCUACGACAAAACGGCCUCUGCUCACCACGAAGCGAUCUGCUGUUCGUCCAGCGUCACCGCGAAAGCCACAAACCACCACAACAAGACGGCCACUGCGCACUACAACACGGCCGCUGCGCACUACAAAACGGCCGCUGCGCACUACAAAACGGCCGCUGCGCACUACAAAACGGCCGCUGCGCACCACAACACGGCCACCGCGCACUACAAAACCCCCGCUGCCCACUACAAAACGCCCACUGCGCACUACGAAACGCCCGCUGCGCACUACAAAACGCCCGCUGCGCACGACAAAACGCCCACUGCGCACUACAAAGCGCCCGCUGCGCACUACAACACGGCCGAGAGUAAUAACCAAUCGCCCGGUGCCGAGGGUGCAACAGCGUCCUACAACAUCGAAGAGGCCAACAGCAAAACCUACCACCACCACAACCAAGAGAACAGUCCCGACAACGCCGAAGCCGCGACGGACUACGGCGCGUCCCGCCCCACCGCGCCCGAGCGCCACGCCAGCGCGGCCGGCGGCCCCGCAGCGCCCGGCCGUCAGCGCCGCCCGGGCGCCGGCGCCGCUCGCGCGCCGCCCGAGCUCCUCCUCGCCACGCCUCAGCGACAAGAUGGCCGAGCUGCUGAUGCGGAUCGCCAGGCUUGAGCCGCGCCGCACCGUCGGUAGUCCGUCGGUGCUGCUAGCCAUCGCCGCCCUUGCCUCGCCGGUGGGCGAGGCGCCGCCGGCGCUCGAGCUCGACUCCCAGCUG